AUGACAUUAGUGUUGAUUAUUUCACUCAUUACUUUGAUAGUACAACUAUGCCAGUUAAAACCACUGGAGGAAUAUAAAAAAUCACCAACAAUCAAUAAUUCCGUAUAUUAUGUAGCAAUUAGUGUAUUAACAACAAUAAUAGGUGUUUACGCUUUCGGGCUUCCAUAUUCACCCCUUAUUGUUACUUUAAUCAUUUUAGCGGUUAUGUUAUGUCUCAAACCACAACUACCUGGGUUAAUCGUAGAAUUAGAAGGAAUGAUGAUUACUGGUAUAUUGACUGGUUUAUCAGUAGAAUACUUUUAUAAUGGUCGAAAAUAUGGAUUAGAUAAUUGA